AUGAACGACGCUAUCAAGACAAUUUUCGACAACGCCCCCGGAACACAUCUGUUCAUUACUGGAUAUCCGCGUUUCUUCAAUCCGGAUACCGAAUACUGCAGCAAAGUCAGUUUCAAAUCCUUUUGCAGAGACAACAAGACCUUGCCACUUACGAAAGACCGGCGAACGCAGAUGAACAGUCUGACUCUCAGACUCAACAAGAAAAUACAGUCCAUCAUUGAUGCAAGCCAGCCUGAAAGUGGGAAGAUAACAUACGUUGAUACAGAUCCGUACUUCGAUGGGCACCGCUUCUGUGAAGAGGGCGUCGAAGAACCAAGCUAUCGAAACAAGAACAUUUGGUUCUUUCCUUUUGAGUUCUUUACCAACGGAGCGACGAACUUUACUGUUAGCGAUACUACCCCCUCCGGUAACUGCCAAGCUAGCAUCGACAGUGGUAGAGGGCCCGGUGACUAUUUCACCUGUCUAAUCGCAAACGAGGUGCUCAACGGAGCUUCAAUUGAUCUUGCGGAUCAGCCGAAUAACGUCGCGACCGAUGAUCCAGACGAGCCAACUGUGGAGUGGCUCCCGCUUGCGCUUUUACGUACUUUUCACCCUACCAUUCAAGGCCACGAGGCCUACAAGAAUGCAUUCUUUGCUGCGUACCAAGGUCUCGAGGGCACUGCAACACCUACAUCCGAGCUCUCCUGCAAUGACUUGGAGAACAAGUACGUUGCGAAAGACGCGCUCCUUGAUCUUAUCGACAACACCUACUGUCCCAAGCUGGAGGGUGCUACUGGCUCUAUCGGUACAGGGCAUUAUUUUUCAAGUACCCCCGAGGCAGUCGAAAUCGGCGUCACCAGCAGACUCACCGCAGGGCCUGUACCUACCGUGGAGGAAUGCAAGACAAAUCUUCACAAGAUAUUAGACGAGUGCAACAACGACCGAUGGAAAAACCCAGUGGGCUGGAAGGCUGGUGGAGAGUUCGAGAUCAACGGCUGGAGAUUCACCAUCACACCCACGGGCCAGCGGCCCUCCACACCGAAAGCAUGGUGCAAGAUCGAGAACUGCCAAAACGGAGAGAAGUGCACCGCAUCUAUCUGGGGGGCGGGAUGGCUCAGGAACGACUACGGCGAAAAGCUGCGCACGGCCUUCGCAGCCCAACAGGCCGUGUACAGCGAAUUGAGAUACGAAAAUUCCCUCGGCGACAGCAAAGGUAUCGAUAUGAGCCAAUGGGAUUUCAAGUACGAAGCUUUGGAUGAACACGAGUGGCAUGCGAGUCUCUUCUUGGAUCUGGGUCUUCGCUUGCCUUACAAGCAAACCGUUACCGAUGCUUUGCGAUCUGCCGCUGGUGACGGUCUUGAGAUCGGUAAUGGCGGCGAUUGCGAGUCAGAAGUUAACUACUAA